GCAACCGUCGCACCGCCCUGUUGCCUAGUUGACGGUAAAAUAUGUAGAAUCUACUCCUCUUUCUUUGAUUCAAAGGCAUUCAAACCUCACACUCUCCUUCAAUAUUUCAUGACCCCAGCCACAUUUGAAAGUGCACGGGACAGGCCUUCUGGCUAUAUCAUGCAUUCUGGGAGUUCGUUAAGAUCGCCGCGCGAUAGCAACAACACAAACGUCGAUCGCCUCUCGUAUGGUAGUAAUAGAGACGACCAAACUGGUCACCACAGAAGUAGUACGUAUCAAGGAGACUGCACCUCCGGAACCUCCAAAAAUGCCCUCACUUCAAGUUCCACAGGCCAGGAAACGACUUCUUCCACCGCCAUGAGUGCAAUAAGCAGCGGCGUGACCAAGUCUGGACCAUUCACAAGCAAUAUACCCUCACAUUCUGCAUCUUCUUCGUCUUCCUUAAACGGCAGUGCAAUACAGGCGGGAGAAAGUACAAUCAAUUCGACGAAGACCCACGUCAACACGGACGCCGUCAUUGGCGGCGUCAUUGGCGGCGUCGUCAUUCUCUCUAUUGCAGCACUUAUAUUCUUCAUUUUCUUCCGACGCUAUUGGCGCAUGAAACACACAGCUCCAUCCGCCGAAUUCCUGCACCCCAACUCACCCUUCCAACGCUUGAAUACCGUUAUGGGUCCUCCCACGGGCACCCGUGCUGUAUUCGAUAUGCUCCUGAGCGCAAAUGGUGAUGCUCAUAUCACAGGCGGCAGAAGUUUGCUACGCUCUUUAUCGCUGCGCGAAAAUAGGCCUCCCACUUUGGAAAAGGUUGCCACGCACAUAGAUACUUCGGUACAUGCUCUUUGACGGUUCUCCAUCUGAGAUCGUUUGUACCGCACGAGAUCGUGAUAGAUUUCUUCACGUCUUCCCGUGCUUUGUAUCCAUAUACUAGCUGCCUGCAUUCAGUGUAUUUUUAUUGGACCUAG